AUGAACAUCGACACGACCGACCCCCAUAGCUUGUCAGAACUGGAGAGUCUGUCCGACUCUGACUGGCUUGACAUUGCGAGUAGCAGAGCGUCGGACACCGACUUCGACAGCGAUCGGGACAUUGACCGUCCAUCCUCUCGCCGCUCCUUCAAUAGCAUAGGAAGCAGCUCUCGCGACGGCGACGGAGAGGUUCAAGCCUGGGAAGGCUUUGUGGACGAUCCUGUCGAUGAGUCUCCUACCAUUCAUCUUUCCCUCACCACACGAUCUACUGCACUAAGCGACGCAGUAGCAACACUCAUCGAUCCUGGCGCCGUUCCAGAUGCAGAGCUACAAGAUCCUUCCGAGGAUCAGCGAGUUAAGGAUGCCUUGGAUCAGAGCAUGAUGAGCACCUUAAGCUCGUCCCCAUCGCGGUCGCAUCCCAACUCACUGAACGCUUCUCAUGCAUCUAUAAUACAAUCGCGCGACCUCCGACUCUCGUUUCCCGACCCUCUCACCAGCUCCCGCGAGGAGCUGUUGAACACAUCCUACGAAGAAGUCGCGAACUCUACGGAAACCGACGAUGUGUCCCCUGGUUUAGCUGCGGAUAUACCUCCAGUAUAUGCAGAUGCUGCGGAUCCGGGUGCACCUGCCAUGCCCGUGGUCCCCCCAUGGGAUGGAGAUUCCAUUCAAGCCGAUAUGUAUAUUGUGCUUUAUGGGUCCUCCUCGACGGUCAAAUGGUCGUUCAUCGAUAAACUGCUCGAGAAGAUCGCACAAGGCACUGGUUUUAUGCUCACGUCUAAGAUUAUCGGCCUCAUCGACGGCUAUGUACGUUUCCUGUCGUCCGAUGAGGAGUGUCGUAUAGUGUCUGUGCUCGAUCGCACAGGAGACGACGUUUCGAGUUACGUUUCGCUAGAUCGUCCAUCAUUGGCGGUGGUGUUCCUGCCUUCUGCUAUGAAGGCAUUGCCAGAUCACACUCUGUACCUUCCGGUGCUGGCGCGAAGCCUUAGCGUUGUUGAUCUUCCGUAUUCCGCUGAUCAGUUGCUUGAUGCGGAGCAAUACUGGGAUACUCUGCGUGUGUCGCGGAGCAAGGUGGUCUCCACGACGAUGGGUUCAUCAGCGGUCAUCGACCACGAUGAGAUCGAGCGCUUUGCGCCGAGAUUGGUCUUUCGGGCGCUGCGGCCUGUGCUCGCGAGACCGGUGCGGAAGCCCGCGCAGAGAUUGACAUCCAAACAUGCAUGGACUAUCCUUGCGGUGCUCUCUGUCGUAUUGGGCUAUGCAGUCACAGGGUCUUUCACUACUCCGGCUCUUAUUGCCACGCCGCCGCAGGAGCAGACCACGCUUACGAAUUCGUGGGGUACCGAACGUCCGGUGAAUGUUCCGCCCAACAGCAGUGCCUCUCCUUUAGUACCCAGUCCGGUAUCCUCGGCGUUGGUGCCCUCGUUGAAAGAUUUAGCACUUGCUGUCCUCCCUGCGCAGCUAUCAGCAUCCACUUCUGGUUCACGCCAAGGUCUUGCGUCCUCCACACCAAAGGCUGAUCGUAUCGGCGAAUCAGCCGGCGCGCCAUCCGAAUGUCCCUGCGGAUGUGGUCUUAUUACCUGGCCAGGGAAGCUUGUUGCGACGACAGACCUUAUGUUACGCCCUACCCCACCCGUUCCCGCUUUGCGCGAGAACAGUCAAUCCAGUUUGUCGUUGAUCGCCCCCUUACCUCUGCAUCGCACUGCGAGCAAGGGUAAGAGUAAGGCACCACUCCAUCCGGAACAGUCUUUGUAUGCCCUCAGUACGAAGAUUGCUGGUUCACUCUCGGAAUAUUUCGAUCUCGAGAUAUUGGCCGCGGUCGUCGUACGUGAUGUACAAGAGAUUCUGGAUGCCCUGGAUGAACUCGUACAUGCCAUUGUCCGGCAGACGAAUCUGGCGUGGGAGCAGUCCAAGGACACGGCACAUGAGAUACGGGGCUAUCUUCAGGAGAGACAUACCCGUGCUCGUGCAAACGCGCUGGCGCUGCGUGAUAUGGGAGGACGGAUAAUUGACUCGCUUAGGGGCCGUGCUGGCGUUGCAAAGGAGAACGCAAGAGCGAUACGGGAGAGCAUGCGGUCGCUGGAUAUAUGGAAGACGCCACAAGCACGGAAGGAGGAAGCGUCUCGUAUUCACCAGCGUUUUAGGGAACGUUUUCGAGAGCGGAAAGUUGCAUGA